AUGACUGUCGAUAAUACUCAACCAGAGGGGGAGAACCCGAUCGGUGAUAUUCAGGUUGAGUUUCUUGGCACCCAAAAGUCCAGCAACACAGCGAGUCGUCGCGACCUUGGCUUUACAGGUCAACUUGGAGGAAAAUGGUAUGCUGUUUACGGCGAUGUGCUAUGGUGCGAUUCAGGUGUGACCGAUCCUGAAGACGAUAAUGAGGGAUUUCAUGGCAUGGUCAGAAAUGCUGUUUCUGCUCUGACAGAUGAUCCACUGGUUGUUGAAGACUUGCAUCUCAAUGAUGAUGAGCCGGUGCCCCAUCAGAAGCAGUUCAUGCCAUUCAACGAGGACUGGGGCGAGACGAAUACGUUUGGCUUCGGAGGGACGGGAAUCGUGGAGGUUGAUCCUGAUACUGCUACUGGUGCUCUAUAUUAUCUCGUUAAUGACGACGAGCAUUACAAGGGCGCUGGAGUAGCCAAAGUUGAGCUCAUUGACGACAUCCCACAUAUCACCGAUCGCUACGGCGAGAAUGGUAUCUGGUGGGAUGGUGAUGAGGUCCCCAAGUACGGCGAUGUAGCAACAUAUCGGGACGUCAACAGCGAAUACAUCUACAUUCUCGGAAACCCACCGAACCCAAUCAAGGACUUCCCUGAUAAACUGUACAUCUACAUGGCUCGCGUACCCGCAAAAGAUGCUUUCGACCUUGAUAAGUAUGAGUAUUGGUGGGGUAGACAAGAAGGAUGGAAGAGCGAAGUUCUUACCACGUUCAACUGCGAAACAGCUGUUAUGUGGGGUGUUGGACAAGGGCAGAUUGUGUAUAACAAUCACUUCCAGACGUACUUCUACGUUCACCUUGAUCUUUCCGGUACCGUCUUCUUGAAGACAGCGCCAAGUCCCGAAGGUCCUUGGACAGAGGGAAAAGAGAUUUACAAGGAUGAACCCAUCGAUGGGGGUCUGGUGUAUGCUGGGAUAGCAUACCCGCAUUUGGAUGAAUCCGGCGAGACGUUGACGAUUGGUUUCACCAACAACAACUGGAUCCGUGUUAUCAAGGUUACAUUCACAUAG